AUGACGGAGAAACGCAAAGAGCCAGCCCGGGAGAAGCGUCCUCCUCUCACGCAUUUUCUCUGUCUCCCGUUGGUCAAUGUGACCUCGAUUCCCCAGCUGGAGGCAUCAAUAGCUGCUUUCAAGAAGGAAAAUCCACCAGUUCCAGUUGCAGACCUACUCCAAAGCCAUGGUCAACCGUCAACAGAUGCCUCGCGGCCCUCCAUCCCCGAUGGCGCUAUUCGUCCCCUGGGUACGCUGCAUCUUACACUCGGCGUCAUGAGCCUCCCAAGCCAAAGUCGUCUGGACGAAGCCACCUCUUUUCUACGGUCGCUGGAUCUAGCCAAGCUGAUGCACGAGGCGGGGCAAGUAGCGCUCCGCAAGAAAAAGCAGAAUGCCUCCCAACCAGCCAACGAAGUGGCGAAGUCUUCCAAAGAAUUGUCCAUCUCUCUGGAAUCCCUACACGCACUACCCAGAGCAAAAUCGGCUACGGUUCUACAUGCCUCACCUGUCGAUUCGACAGGCCGCUUGUACCCGUUCUGCCUGAUGCUGCGGGAGAAAUUUCUUGAAGCCGGUUUCCUGAUUGGCGAAUCGAAAGAGAGCACCAACAAGAACAAAGAGCCUGCAAGAAGCAGUGGUGCAGCUGAACAGCAGAAAAAGCCGGAGCCAUCCAAAUCUACGGGGACAACAAAAGGGGACCUUCAUACUGCGGCCCUCGCUCGGCAACCGAAACUACGGCCACUUCUUCUGCAUGCUACGAUCGUGAAUACGAUUUACGUGCGGCAACCGAGGCCCGUGCAUGGCUCAAAGUCUACCUUUAAGGGAAAAAAAACGGUUAAGCGCUUUGAAUUUGAUGCGAGGGGUCUUUUGGAUCGGUAUCAAGAUUAUUAUACCGAUAGGGCAAGCAAAGUGCCUCGUGUGCAGACUGUACCUUCUGCUUCCCCGUCUAACUCUUUACCGGCUUCGCCAAAGUAUCCUUUCGUCUGGGCAAAGGAUAUUCCCAUUGACUCAGUGACUAUAUGUGAGAUGGGAGCGAAGAAGCUCAAUGUUGAAGGUGAUUUUGACGGCUUGAAAGCGCGGCUUGAUCAGGAGUAUACUGUUGUUGCGAGUCGGAAAUUGAAUCACCGGUAG